CGUGGGUCAGAACGGAAGUCGUCACGAUUUAAAGCGGAAGUGGAUCUACGUCAACAGUGAUCGCAGUUCCUGGUUUUUUGGCAUUCUUCAGAUUUCAGGCACUUGUCAUUUCUCUCCAGCCACCCGGCCACCCUCGGGUGUGAGCUCCCUUGUUUUUGAGUAACACUUCUUGUGCCAACGGUUUCCCCCAGAGGAGACAGUGGUCUAUCUGUCUUUCGUUUCCGGCGGGUGUUUGUCACUGAGCAGAGCUGAACAGGAAGACAGUCGCAAAGAGGCGUCUCAACUGAGAGAGGAAACUGCUGUGGCCUAUACGUCAGCCUCAGAAUGACUGAGUUCUGGGUUUGUUUCAGCUGCUGCAUUGCAGAGCAGCCACAACCAAAGCGACGGCGACGGAUCGACCGCUCCAUGAUCGGGGAGCCCACAAACUUUGUUCACACCACACAUGUAGGCUCCGGGGACAUGAACAUGGGAUUGGCGUCUGUGGACCUAGUUCAGGCUCAGAUGAAAUCUAAAGGAGGCUACGCACAUGGAGGCUCCGAAGGCUCUCAGUUGUAAACAGCUCCUCAUUUUGGAAACUAGUUGUUGAUUUAAGGAAAAAAAUAAAAAAAAGCAGUUCCUUCGAUAAUGUACACAGGACCAAAAGAUGAAACUACUGCUUUUCUUUGAUGUAUAUAUUUUUAUUUUCCAUUCUUUUUUUUUUUUUAAUGAAAGCACUGCUAUCCAUUUUGCUGCCAUAUUGUUGCACUGUAAAGAAUAAUUAAGAGUAAAUUAGAGGGUUUAGAAAGCUUGUAAUCGCUGUCUGAUGUAUGCUUGUGUGUAUGCAUGAGGAAAAUGUUUUCAAAAAUAUUUGCUGUUGUCGCCCAUUGGAUGCCUGUAUUUAUUAUUUGUCUUGAAAACGGACCUCAAGGUGGCUGGGCCACGCUGGAGUUUUGCAACAUUCAGUUUUCUCCUUUAAUCUCAGAGCUUUCUGAAAGGACAGGUGAGGGUAUCAACAAAAAAAAAAAAAAGAGAAAAAUUUAAAGUUCUUUGUUUAAUUCUGAGAAAUGCUCAUUUUCUCUGAGCUGCUUUCAGAAUUAAAUCUUGCUGUUUUGUAAUAAACUUGAAAUGAGUCAAGUACACUGGACCAUACAUUGUACACUCAUGCACGCUUAGGAAUUUUCAUUGAUUUCAAAUGUUUUCUUUUUUUUCCACUGAUUUAGAUUGAAUUUAUAGAGUUUUAAUAAACUAUGAACUUUUCAAUAUGCUUUUUUUGAAUUCAAGAUUAUUUGCUGUACAUGUGUGAUCCUGAUGCUCCAAGUACUGACUUUAGCAUUUUACAGAAGGCUCAUAUUUUUAUAACGCUUAUUUUAUUUUCCUGUCAUUUAAACUUCUGCAUCACCUAUCACUCAAGAGCUAACCUUGGACAUGGCUGGAUCACACAUGUAAACACAUGCACAAACGUGGGUUCAAUUCCACAAAGUUAGCAGGCUUUUAUGUUUAUCUGUUGGUUGUAGCCAGCUGUGUCUGUCACCAGCACACCCUGCAUUCUGAAUGUUCAAGUUUAGUCUAGUUGAGCACAUGUGAUUUCUGUCCCCUUGAAGGUCUUUGUAAACUCAGUAACUCCUUUUUUCUAAGUUCAUUAAAGUUUAGCACAAAAAUUUUCAGCAGUUUUAUAAUUAAGCUGCUUCAUUUUUUAAAAAGGAAAAUUUAUUGUAAAUGUUACUAAAGUUAAGCUGCAGACACAAUUUUACGCCUAUUUCUCAAGCUGCAAUUUGUUCCAAAGGUAAAACCUUUUCCUGCAGGAAUAUUUUGUUUUUGUAUGAUACAGUAACUAAAUGACAAUAUGCUGGUUUCUCUGGCACAAAUCUAAUGUGUAACCCUGUGUUAAAAUGUCUAAAUAGGACUCCACAGUAAAAGUUAAUCAGACACAAAACUAUAAAGUCAGCAGACUUUGAUCCCCACAUUUGUAUGAUUGUCAUCCAUGUGCAUCCUGUGAUUUAACAUUUCAAUAAAAAAAUGUAUUGAAUGUAUUAGCUGCAUAAAAAAAGUAUUCAUGGUACAAAAAGAAUGAACUUUAAGUUUGCAGCCUUAACUCUUCUGCUUUGUCUUCGUUGCCAGGCACAUUCAAUGAAAUUAUAUGUGAUAAGGUCAAUAAACAUGUAGGCACGGUGA